AUGAUUCCACCUCCCGAUCCUCCACAGGAGGCUACCGACAUCUUCUCCAUUUCCGACCAAGUUUUGGCCGACAGGCUUCAGUUCAUCGAAGAGAUUGGCUUCGGGAACUGGGGCAGUGUGUGGUUGUGUCGCCCAAAGCCUGAUUCGUCCUCCCCAUCCACCGACAGUCCGCAUGCACUCAACGACACCAAGAUCGCUGUCAAACUUGUCCACCGUUCUAAGACCUCUACUACGGCGGCGCGAGUUCGCUCACUAUGGAACGAAAUGAAAGUUGUCAGAUCAUUCAAGCACGAGCCACAUCCGUCCAUCAUCCCAUUCUAUUCGUUUAUCAUUACCCCCUCGUAUGCUUUAAUUACAAUGGCAUACCAUCCUCGUCUAGUUCCCGUUGAGGUCCCAGAGAGUACUUCCCGACUUUGGUUUCAUUCCCUGCUUUCUGGGGUCGAAUUCCUUCACAAACGUGGUGUAGUCCAUAACGACAUCAAGCCUGCAAACAUCUUACUGUCGCAAGAGAACAUACCAGUGCUUGUGGACUUUGGCUUUGCAGAGCGGUACGAUGUCAAUUCAAGUACAGCUUUUCAUAGCAAUCUUUCAUAUGGAACUCCAGAGUAUCUCUCCCCUGAACGUGCAAGGGGUUUACCCCAUGAUACUCGUAAAUCAGACGUCUGGUCCCUUGGUGUAACGCUUUUUGAGAUCCUGAUCGGUCGUACACCCUUCGAGCACUCUGAAGGCGAGCAGUUCACCACCAAAGAGGAUCUAGAGAAAUACUGGAAUCGAACACUUCGCGGCAAAUGGGUGGGCACGUGGAAGAUGUCAAAGGGUUUGGAGAAGCUGCUUCGCCGAAUGGUGUUACCUAAUGCUGACCUGAGAUGCACGGCUUCGGAAGCCAUGCUGGAUGCGUAUUGGUCGCAGGAUGCGGCAUUGAAAUCUCAUCGUAAAUCUAGCAGCAUCUCACAUGCGCCUACGCUCUCCCUACGAUUGGAGAAGGAUGUAGCGAUGUUCUCCGACGUUGUGCCUCCAUGGUCUCCGCAAGAGGAUGUAUCUGAGAAGCCCACGAAGGAGCACGCCAGGAGAGACAGUAUUGACAAGGAGGCUGAUCGGGCCAAUUCCCCUUCAGAGGUGCGGGAGAAGCCUAACCGGCGCUCGAGCCUCAUCGCGCAGAAUCGUCAUGCUAGGUCGCAGUCACAACCGAAGCUGCAGACUCCGGAAGGGCGUGGUGUUACACGGACGAAGAGGAAUGCGUUGAUGCCUUCCCUCCUCGCAACACUUUCACCUGUCAAGCAUUCACCGCCUACCACAUCGACGGUGGCUGUUUCGUCUGCUGCUGGUAAGGAGAAUGCGGCGCCCGCAAUGGGCGCGAAGGCGGCGAGAACUACGCGUAGGCCUCUCGGGCCUCGGGGGCCAACGCCCCCCAGCUCUCCUGUGCAGAGGCAUAACCAGCCUUUGGCAUCGAAAGAGAAUGCGCCGCCUCAUGCGAUGGCAAAGGAGAAGCAAGGGCGACGCAGCAGGGUCUUCAAGGAUGUCACCUCCGCGAAUCAGAACGCGGAUACCGCGUCAGCGAUUCCGAAGCGAGUGGAGAAGCCGAAGGAGGUACUUUCGAGCUCAGUGCGCAACAGGAUGCGGGAGUGGGAGCGAGAACGGGAGCGGCUGCGGGAGAUGGAACAGCUUGAGGAGCGUAUGCGAGAAGCGGAAGAGGAGCGAGAGAAAGAGAGGCGGAGAUACGAGAAGGAGAUGGAAGAGGCGCGAGAGCAGGAGCGGGUGUUGGAGCUCGAGAUGAGGCAGCAGCGAGAGCUAGAACUGGAGCGCCAGCGCACCUUGGAGCUUGAGCGUGUGCGACUGAAGGCGAGAGAGGCGGAGCCCCGCCCCGCCCUGUCGAGGAUUAUAACGGGGGGCGCAUCGUCCGUGACACCUCCCGGGAGCGUCCCAAUUACGCCACUCGGUCCGUUGCAUGAAGAGCCAUUAGAGUCAGACAUCUUGAACGAUGAGCACUUCCGUUCGGGCAACGAAUCAGGCAUUAGCAUCCUGAAGCAGAGCUUGAAGGUGUCGCUUGGCGGGGCCAUGAGGCUCUACAAGUCAUCGGCUCUGGCUCUAGGGCGAUCUACUCCCGGAUUGGAGUUAUCUCAUGAUCUUGACGAGGAUGAUGUGUCGAGAAUCAGCAUGAGUGAUCGGGCAUCUUGGGAGGACGACUCACUUAUUCGUAAAGCUAACUCGUCGCUGCCAGGCGUUCGGCAGGCCGUGCGGAAUGAAGGCAUGGCGACAGCCAAUCAACUCGAUCGCAUGACAAUUUGGAUCCGCAAUGUUGAACAGGUUGUUGAGGAUGCCCGUCAAAAUUUUGCGGCAUCAUCGCCCACCACAGGAUUACUCCCUCCCCUUCCUCUCGCGCCUGUAAGCAGACGGCCCUCGACAAGCCACGACCGUAGUAAUCGAUCCUCGCGUGUCCCACGCAAGAUCUUGCCCGCAAACAAGAUCUUUGUUGAUGAGUACGAAUCCGGUAUAUUUGACAGAAUCCCAACGUCGUUCGAUCAGUCCACUGUGGAAGACACGAAGGCAGAGACCACCGGGAAUGUGGACCAGACACUACCGACAAUUCCUUCGGAGCAACCUAGUUUUGCGUCGGGAUCUAUGCCGCUACCGGUACCUGAGACACCCUCCCGUCGACGUCGCGCAACUGUAGUGACGCGCUCACCAGAACCGGCUCGCAAGAAGAGCAGCGACUGUGUCGUCGAGUCGCCGUCGAAGCGAAGGGAGAAGUCCAGGUCGCAAUAUGAUCUCCUACGUCCGAUCACACCGGUCGCGAAGUUGGAGUUUGAGCUGGAGAAACUGGCACUACCUCCGCGUCCUCAACGACUCUCUGCAGUCGUUGACCGGAGCAUCUUCAUUGCUCCUUCACCCAUGCCACGACUACGCGAGUCAGACGUUGUACACGAAUGUAUCGAGGACGAUUUAACAUCCUCUCCCCUCCAUGUCGAUCCUUACCCACAGAGGAUACCAGCAUCGAAUGCUGCCGAUACCCUCGAUACUCCUACAAGGAAGCAUGUUGAGGAAAUAUACGAUCGGUUCCUCAUGUCGACCGCCGGUGUAAAGCGUGUUGGACGGGGUUACCAGUCCGAUUACCUACGUCCAAUCUCAAAUAUCCCCGUGCAGGCAUCUGGUUCAAAACGGGGCCACGGACUUUUUCAUUCGACGCGACGCCCCAUGCUGCCACCAGUAUCCAGUGAGGAUCUCCGUAGAGCUUCAUCAGUCGAUGAGUUUGGGGUAGUCGUUCCCUCGGCGCGCGAUGGGGGUUCGUCACCUGCAGAUUCGGGGAAAAACACCGUUGCAAUUGUCCGCAAGGCCUUUAAGGCUAUUGUGACUGGCAAAUCUGUGUCCACUAGGACCAAAGUCGUAUGA